AUGAAACAAUCGACAUCGCCCACACCGUCAGUGGUAUCGAGCUAUGUGGCCUCAAGGGGUCAAUCGCCGUUGCCACCACCGGCCAACUAUAAGAAGAAUUGCCUAUCGGCCACAACAAAAAGUUACAAAUAUCUGAGACGUCUAUUGAAAUUCAAUCAAAUGGAUUUUGAAUUUGCCCUAUGGCAAAUGAUCUACUUGUUUAUAGCGCCACAAAAGGUCUAUAGGAAUUUUAAUUAUAGGAAACAGACAAAAUCCCAAUUUGCCCGAGAUGAUCCGGCAUUUUUAGUUUUAUUUCUUGUGUGUCUGUGUGUUACAUCAUUGGGCUUCGCCUGGGUCUUGGGCCUAAACGUGUGGCAGAGUAUAUCAUUUAUAUUCUAUGUGGUCUUUGUUGAUUGCAUAUUUGCCGGCAUCAUUGUUGCCACUUCCCUGUGGUUGUUUACAAAUCGUUAUUUACGCACCAGCAGCAUUGAACCCGAUGUGGAAUGGGGCUAUUCAUUCGAUGUCCAUUUGAAUGCCUUCUUUCCACCCUUGAUGUUGUUACAUUUCAUCCAGUUGUUCUUUUACAAUUGGCUAAUAAGCAAGCCAUGGUUCAUAUCGACUUUCUUGGGAAAUACUUUUUGGCUGUUGGCCUUAAGUUAUUAUGUUUAUAUUACAUUUUUGGGUUAUAAUUGUAUUCCCCACUUGAAGAACACCCGUCUAAUUCUCAUUCCUCUGCCCAUUAUCUUUUUGUUAUAUUUAAUAACAUUAAUCAUUAGUUGGAAUGUAACCGUAGCCUUCAUAGACUUCUAUAAAUACCGUGUGUAUUAG